AUUCAUGGAACUAUGUAAAUCUCUACAGUAUGUUCCUGCUAUGUAUGUUUUGAUAUAAAAAUCCUCCCAGACCUUCACUGUGUUCAGACACAAACAUCAGCCGUGGUGUUUCCAUCCCAGAGUUUCCUUCUACAGUCCACAGAAGCAUCAUGAUGGAGAAGAUCCUGCUGCUCGUCUUGGUUUCCUCAGAGAUCUUCCUCCUCUCCUCCUGCCUCCUCAUCCGUCAGUACCACUUUGUUAAUCAACCUUUGAACUGGACUGAAGCUCAGACUUACUGCAGACAGAAAUACACAGAUCUGGCCCCUAUUGAAAACUCUAAAGAAAUGGACAAACUGAUAAACACCAUUUCAUCUGCUGGUUACAGUUAUCACAUUUGGAUUGGUCUUUACAAUGAAAUGAACUGUAGAUGGUCUGAUGGGUUCAUUGGUAGCUUCACAGGCAACAACUACAACUACAACUACUGGACUUCACAAGAUACAUCAAACGCUCGUAGUGAUCAGCUCUGUAUGGGUGUAUACUGGAAUCAACAGAAUUACCAGUAUCACUAUUGGUUCGACUCAAGCUGCGGUUCAUUAUAUCCUUUUGUGUGCAACAAUGGAUCCCAGCAGAAUCCUGAAUAUGUUUUUGUGAAUGAAAUAAUGAACUGGUCCAGCGCUCAGAGAUACUGCAGACAGAACUUCACAGACCUGGUCACAGUGAGGAACGACACAGACUGGCAGAAGAUUUAUAGUGUGGUGCCUAUUAAUCAGAACCUAUGGAUCGGUCUUUAUAGAAAUUCAAACAUUUCCUGGUCUGAUGGGAGCAACUUCUCUUUCUACCCAAAAACAUUAUAUUUUUAUAUUCAGCCUUGCGUAAUCAGUGCCACAUGUGGUUUUCAAUAUGGGCAAGACAGAAAUUUCUGGCAUUUUCAUCCUUGUGAAGCCAGAUUCCCAUUUAUCUGCUAUGGUUCUAAAGUACCCAUACAAAAGCGUGUGGUGAAACUGAGACUGAAGACAGAAAACUCUGAAGAUCUGAACGAUGCUGCUGUUAAAGUAAAGUUGCUGGAAGAGCUUCAGAAGAAACUGGAGGAGAACGGAGUGAAUGGAGUAAAGGUGAAGUGGAAACAGCAGACUGAUGGAAAAGUCUUCAACAAGGAGGAGAAAAAGAAGACCGAGCUCUGAAAAAUAAACCCUUUCAUUAGAAAUUCAUAUUUCAUAUUUUGUAAUUAACAGGUCCCAGUUUUCUUAUUAUUUGUGCUGGCCCUUCCCACUUAGGUGCUAGCUUUGCUGAAAAUGUAUCCGUUGCUUUGGAUAAUGGAUGUGACCGGACCCAGACAAAGUCACCCGCCAGGAAGUGGGUAUCUCUGCUAUUGUAGUACUUAGCUUGUCUUGUCUGGUGUGAGCCCAUUCUCCUACUCAUCUCUUCCGCCAUCGUCUGCUGUCGUUCUACCUGAGUGUAUGCUGACCUCUGGUCUGGAGAUGGUGUUUUGUGGAUGAAUCUCUCCAGUGGUCCAUGGAUAGUUCGUCCUGAGGCCAUCUCCGCAGUGGUCUCUUGCCAUGCGGUGUUGAUAGCAAAGCGGAAUUCCGUAAUCCAUUGGUCCCACGUGUUAAAAAACUGUCCAACAAAUGAGGCAAUCAUGUUCUUUACUGUUCUAUUAAAACCUUCUGUGAGAUUGGUUUGAGAGCCAUAACUAGUGGUCAACUUAGGAAUGACGCCCCUGGUGGUACAAAGUUCUUUAAUGAGACUGCUAGUGAACUGGGGGCCCCGCUCUGAGACCAGAUAUUUCAGGACCCCCCAGCAGGUAAAAAUCUCCUCCCUCAGGAUUUUGAUUAGAUGAGGCGUUUCAGUGUCUUUCAAGGGGAACAUUUAUACCCAUUUUGUGUAAUAAUCCACCACGACCACCGACACAGUAUUGGAUUUCUUGCUUCUGGGAAACGGACCUAUGAUGUCGAUUCCUAGCAUCUCCCCGGGAUUGUGCACCGAUGUGGACUUCAAUAAUCCUGCUGGUUUGCUGUUAUCCACUUUUAGUCUUUGACAUAUGUGACAGGUCUUGGUGUGCUCCCACAUAUCCUUCCUCACUGUAGGCCACCAAGCGACCUCCAAGACUCGCAACAGGGUUUUAAACUGUCCCAGAUGGCCCCCUAGACGGUUGUUGUGUAAGUAUCUGAGGAACUAUGCUCUCACGGUUUUGGGACCCACCAACUUAUACUUCAUGCCUUGUUCUACACAAUAAGAAACACAAAAGAAAUUUGAUUUGGUUUAAUGUUGUCUAUUCAUAAAAGUCUUUCAGGUUUUGCAAGACAAUAAGUAAAUAUGAAGACAAAUAAA